ACCUAUUACUCUCUUCCUCAGCCCAGUCCGGUCUGGAUCUGUGAGAUUUGGCGCCGACUGAGCUGCAGAGGCCCGUAGACCAGGAACCGAACCAGGAUGCUUUAAUUAACAGGAAUAUACUAUGGUUAUUGAUAUUAUUAUAGAGUGCACGCAGAGGGGAGGCUGGGAACUGGACAUAUAUCUACACAGUAUGUGUUUUAAGCAGGUUUCUCUUCACCAAAAUGCACAGCAGAAUAGUGUAUCUACACUGAGGAAGAGUCAAGCUUUGGGAUUGGGCAGCGACCAGAUAGCGUAACACCCCCUCCUUCUCUCUGUGUUCGAGAAUUGCGUUAAACCGACAAGGAAAGGCCUGCGCUUUAUCACUAUUACAGGAUUGUUUUUUUUUUGUUUUUCCGAUUUUUAUUCCCCCACAGAUUAAACGAGGAAAGGUUGCUGGCUGGUGUAUGUGUUUAGAAUGGGACACGCUGAAGGUCCAGUCAAAGAAAAAGACAGUUAAGGAUGCAGGAGCCCAACAAUGGAUUUCUCCUUCUCUUUCAUGCAAGGGAUCAUGGGAAAUACAAUUCAGCAACCCCCUCAGCUCAUUGACUCAGCCAAUAUCAGACAGGAAGGCACCUGCGACACCGGCAGUGACCCGGGCGAGGAUGGUGGUCCCUCCUACGAUGCUGCACUGGAUGAGUUCUACCCGCCGUCAGCCUCGGAGGACAUGCAGCAGGUCUCCAAUGGCUUCCCGCCAGGUCUGGGCAUAUACGAGCCACAGGCCAAGUUCUCCAUGUACUCGCAGUUUCCCAACGGCUCAGCUAACGGCUACGGGGCAAUACGCAGCUACAGUGAGCAUGGUCUCAUACCAGGGGAAGGGACGGUCCUGAGAGGCCCAGGUCUGCAGGAGAGACCUUUGUCUCCUGUGUCUCCCCCGUUGCCCACACAUCACCCACACCUUCACCACCUCCACCAUCACUCCCAUCAUCAUCACCACGUGCAACACUUCCACUCAAACCCACCUCACAUACAAACCCACCCACACCCACAGAGUUCCCCGCCGCCACUGCCCCCCCAGCACCACCUCUCCCAGACACCUCACAUCAUGACCCACACUCUACCCCCUCCUCCUCCUUUACACCUGCCUUCCUCCACUCCACCCCCUUCACUUGUGGACAGUACCCCCUCUUCUCAACCCUCCCACGAGUCGUCUAACACCCCAGGUGGGGUGCUGAAGAAAACCAGCUCUCCGGAGAUCAAGUUAAAGAUCAUAAAGACGUACCAGAAUGGAAAAGAGCUGUUUGAAUCUGCGCUGUGUGGAGAUCUGCUGCAAGAGCUGCAGAAGGAGUCUCAGAAAAAGGAGGCAGCUCAGAUGCAGCGCAGACAUGAGAGGAAGAAGGAGAAAAGGAAAAAGAGUGCAAGGCUGCAGCCACAAGUCCAGGAACAGAGUCUGGACAAGAGCCAAACACAAGCGGGUACUACAAGCGAGACAGAGGACACCCACAUCCAGCCCCAGCUACGAGAAACACCCCCAGUCAAGACAGAGAAGCCUCAGAAGACAGUCACUAAAACUGAACCAAAGACGCCAAAGGUUCCGAAGGUCCAUCAUCAAUCAGUAAUCCAAGAGACGGGUUUCUGCAAGGAGUUUGUGAUUGGAGAUCUGGUUUGGUCCAAGGUGGGCACCUAUCCCUGGUGGCCCUGCAUGGUCUCCUCUGACCCACAGAUGAAGGUCCACACUCGCAUCAACACCAGGGGUCACAGGGAGUAUCACGUCCAGUUUUUUGGCAGUGUCGCUGAGCGAGCAUGGAUCCACGAGAAGAGGAUUGUCAUUUACCAAGGGAGGCAACAAUUUGAUGAUCUUCAGGCUGAAACUCUGCGCAAGGCUACAAAUCCUGUCGAGAAAAGUAAACUUCUGAAGCCCAUCCCUCAGCGGGAGCGGACUCAAUGGGAGGUGGGUGUGGGCCAUGCUGAGGAUGCCUUGGUGAUGACGCGACAGGAGCGAAUUGACAACUACACCUUCAUCUACGUUGACCCUGACCCCGUUGAUGGCCCGCCCAUCAAGAAACCCGCCAUCAGACCUGAGAAACGAAACCGUCGCUCCAGUGGCUCAGUCAGUAAGAAGGAAGAUGGAGGAGUGAAGUCACCAGAGAGAGAGCAGCCACCACGAAGACAGCUACCACGCAGACAGUGUAGUGUUUCAAAUACAGAUGACAACACAAACUCCUAUACCUCAAGUGAGGAGAGGAACUUGAGGGAGGACCAGCGUAAGACCAGCUCACCUAAGCAAAACUCUAGUCAUGACGCACAGCAGGACUCUCCACCACCAGUUAGGGCCUGGAAAACAGCAGCUGCCAGAAAGCUGCUGCCUCUCUCCAUUACCAUGAAGAGGCUGAAUGUGGAGAUAACAAAAUGUGACUGGCCUCUCUUACAGAAAAAAGCACUUCCAUCUCCUAAAAAAGACAAAGAAGAAGAGAAGGAGGAGAGAGUGGAGAGAGAGGCCAGACAGCCCGACUUGGGAUACUGCUCUCCUGAGGACAGCAGAGCUAAACCUGAGCCCAGUCCAGGGGAGGAUGAUGAAGAUGGAGAUGAAGGGGAGGAAGAAGGGGAAGAGAGGGAAGAGAGGAGAGGCUCACCUGCUAGCCGUAUGAGUGAGGAGGGUGGAAUGCAGCAGCCGUCGUCUCCUGGGUCACACCACAGUAGUCCACAAGGUUCUCAGGAGAGGAAGCUGCAGCGGCGGUCAGUCAGGAGCAGGUCUGAGUCAGAGAGAGGCAGUGAGCCUGUCCCUAAGAAGAAAACCAAAAAGGAACAGGCAGAGUUGGCUCCUGAAACUACACCGAGGACUGGCUCACAGAAAGGUGCCAGUGAGAUCUCAGAUGCCUGCAAGCCUCUGAAGAAGCGAAGCAGGGCGUCAACAGAUGUGGAAAUGGCUUCAUCUCAGUACAGAGACACUUCUGAUUCUGACUCCAGAGGUCUCAAUGAUCCACAGGGUUUGUUCGGGAAGAGUCUUGACAGUCCAGCAGCAGCAGAUGCAGAUGCUUCAGAUACUCAGUCUGUGGAUUCUGGCCUAUCUCGUCAGGAUAGCACCACUGACAAGAGAGACACCGUCUGCCAGAUCUGCGAGGUCUAUGGAGAAGGUUUGGUGGUUUGCGAAGGUGAUUGUAACAGACAGUUUCACCUGGAGUGUCUUGGUCUGACGUCCCAACCUGAAGGCAAAUUCACAUGUUUGGAAUGUAGGAAUGGCGAUCAUCCAUGUUUUAGCUGUAAAACAGUUGGCCAAGAGGUGACACGCUGCUCUGUCUUGGGAUGCGGUUGUUACUAUCAUGAGGAUUGUGUCCAAAAUCUCCCCGGCACCACCAGCAGUCCAGGCGGAGGCUUCUGCUGCCCUCAACAUAGCUGUGCUACCUGCUGCUUGGAGAGAGACCUGCAACGAGCCAGUAAAGGUCGCCUGAUGCGUUGCAUCCGUUGUCCGUCAGCCUAUCACACUGGAGACAGCUGCGUGGCAGCGGGUAGUGUCGUCCUCACCCAUCACAUCAUGAUCUGCAGCAGCCACGGCAGCACCAAGAAGAACGGCCUCCUCACCUCUCCUGUCAAUGUGGGCUGGUGCUUCCUGUGCGCUAGAGGGCUGUUAGUGCAAGACCUUACUGACACCAUAUUAAGUUCAUAUGCCUAUAAGUCCCACUACCUUCUGACUGAGUCAAAUCGUGCUGAGUUGAAAUUACCUAUGAUUCCCUCUCCUUCGUCAGCUACCAAAAAGAAUGUUGGGAAAGGAGGCAAGUUGCUGUGCUGCGACUCAUGCCCAGCUUCCUUCCACCCGGAGUGUUUGGAGAUGGAGAUGCCGGACGGCGCAUGGUCCUGCAGUGAUUGCAGGGCAGGAAAGAAACCUCACUACAAACAAAUUGUCUGGGUCAAACUGGGCAACUACAGGUGGUGGCCAGCAGAAAUCUGCAAUCCCCGCUUGGUGCCAUCAAACAUCCAGAGCCUUCGCCACGAUAUCGGUGAUUUCCCCGUCUUCUUCUUUGGCUCCCACGAUUACUACUGGAUCAACCAGGGCCGUGUCUUCCCUUACGUGGAGAAUGAUAAGAACUUUGUCACUGGUCAGAUCAACAUCAACAAAACCUUCAAGAAAGCUCUGGAAGAAGCAGCGAGGCGUUUUCAGGAGCUUAAGGCACAGCGGGAAAGCAGAGAGGCUCUAGAGCAAGAACGCAACUCUCGCAAACCUCCACCUUACAAAUGUAUAAAGUCCAACAAGCCAGUGGGGAAAGUGCAGGUUCAUGUUGCUGACUUGUCAGAAAUCCCACGAUGCAACUGCAGACCAACAGAUGAGCGUCCUUGCAGCCUCGACUCCCAGUGUCUCAAUCGCAUGCUGCAGUACGAGUGUCAUCCGCAGGUGUGUCCAGCAGGAGACAGUUGUGAGAACCAGUGUUUCUCCAAGCGGCAGUACGCAGAGACGGAAGUGAUGAGGACAGAAGGCCGCGGCUGGGGCCUCAGAACUAACCAGACUCUCAGGAAGGGUGACUUUGUGACAGAGUAUGUGGGAGAAGUGAUAGACUCAGAGGAAUGCCAGCAGCGAAUCAAACGUGCCCAUGAAAACCACGUAACCAACUUCUACAUGCUCACGCUCACCAAGGAUCGUGUGAUAGACGCCGGCCCAAAAGGAAACUCGUCACGGUUCAUGAAUCACAGCUGCAGCCCAAACUGUGAAACCCAGAAGUGGACGGUAAACGGAGAUGUUCGCAUUGGGCUCUUUACCCUCUGUGAUAUUGAGGCUGGCACAGAGCUGACGUUCAACUACAACCUGCACUGCGUCGGCAACAGGAGAACGUCCUGUCACUGUGGAUCAGACAACUGCUCUGGAUUCCUCGGGGUGCAGCCAGUGAGUGCCGUUGUGCUAGAGAAAGAGGAGAAGGCCAGGAACGCCAAGCUGAAGCCAAAGAAGCGGAAGCUGAGGCUGGAGGGUAAACACACACACGAGUACUUCUGUUUUUGCUGUGGAGAAGGAGGAGAGCUGGUGAUGUGCGACAGGAAGGACUGCCCGAAAGCGUACCACCUGCUGUGUCUCAACCUUACAAAGCCGCCAUACGGACGUUGGGAAUGUCCGUGGCAUGACUGCAGUAUAUGCAGCGCCCCCGCCACAUCGUUCUGUGAUUUCUGCCCUCGCUCAUUCUGCCAGGAUCACCAGGCUGGUGCACUUACUUCCUCCUCCCUGGAGGGCCGUCCCUGUUGCUCCAGUCACAACCCCCUCAGUCCCCUGGACUCCAACUCCAGCUCGACUCAGGGACGACACUCUGCUCUGAGCCCGGUCAGGGUCAAAGAGGAGCCGGAGCCGGAAACGGGUCAGCAGGCCGCAGAGUGACUCCGCAGCUCCCUCAAUACCUCAUUCCCUGUAAAGUGCGCUGGUGUUGGCCUCCCUGCCUCCAGUCCACCUUUGAUCAGAAGCAGUGCACUACUAAAGGGAAUACAGUGCUUUUUGACCAGUGUAAUGGCUGCUAUUUAGCGCUGAGACACGCCGACGAACACUGCAGAGCGACUGGAGUGUUGGCACGGGAAGUGACCAGGCAUCAUUAUGCACCAAUUUCCCUUUUCUCUUGCCACCACUAAUGCUCUUUACAGCUCCACUGCGUCCAUCCGAGGGCCCAGACCACCACCUCAUUACACUUCUUUGUUUUACUUUUACAGCUGUCAAAAUUUUUCUAUGUUUUUCACAACAUCGGUUACCGGCACUUUGAAGAACUCACUGAGUGAGGUGGAGGGAGAUGUAAGGCUGACCCUCUCCUCCACCACGCUGCUCCUCUCCUUGUUUACCUGCUGUAAGCGCUGGCCGGCAUCUCAAAUAACAGGUGGCUUAAUGGAAGCCCCUGUCUCUCUCUCUCUCUCUCUCUCUCUCUCUCUCUCUCCAUCACUCCCCGAUGUGGUCUGUCAUCGUAUCGUAUUUUUCUCCUCUCCCUGCAGAAAAGGCGGAGAGGGGAGCGACUGAUUUUGUGCAAUUUUUUUUUUUUCAGGACCACACUACAUUCCAAACUUCCUUAAACACGAUUUUAAUAUACUUAUGGGUAUAGAUGAAUAUAAUUAUAUACAGUAUCUAUGUUUGUUAAUGUUUACAGACAGAUUCUCUCACUUAAUCUCAGUGAGUGGUGUAUUAUGUUUGUUUGUUUGUUUGUUUGUUUAGGUGUUAAGCAUUACGCAGACCUCUUUGUGAAAAUAGUCCUAUUAAGGUGAAUUAUAAUGGUAUAUAGUGUAAUGGUAUGACAUUACAGAAGUACUUGUGAUUUUCAUAUUGACAGUCUCACUCGCCAUUGUGUACAUAAUUGGCUCAUAAUAUUGUAAAGUACUUAUAGAUCAGAAAGGUCACAGCCUCGCCUCUCUGGUUGUGCCUGGAAGAAGGAAAUGCUUUUUCUUUUCUUUUUUAAAAACAAAACAAAAAACAACACAGAUCUUUCUCUUCUCUUUUUUUUUUUUUUCUUUUUGAUAAAGGUUCUGUUCUCACAUUUCCUCCUACCGGUUUUGGUUAUUUGUUUUUGUAGAUGGAGGAGCCCAGCUUGUGAUCACUGGUGCUGUCUUAAAAGUAUUGUUAACUGGCCUUAAGUUUGAUUCUGGCUGUAGCAGCUACUGCCCAGAUGCAGUCCAUUUCAGUAACGCUGUGUACUGUGACCGCUUUAAUGCUUUCUUCUUUUAAUUCCUCUGGGUUUUUUUUAUUUUGCCAAACUUCUCUGAAAAGCACUUUCACACGGCUUGUCGCUAUAAAAUUUAGCUAGGUCAUAUACAGAAAUGUAUAUUAUAAGAACAUAUGACAAGUGUUUAAAAAUGGAUACCUCUUCUUGUAGUAAUGUCGGAAUUUAAACUGUGUUUCAACUUUUUUCCUCUUGAUCGGAAACGUGGUGAGUGCUGGGCGUCUUCUUAUUUUUUUCCGUUUGCGUAAAAGUGGCCUAAAAAAAUUUUCUUCCUCUUUUUGGGGGCACAUGUAGAAAUGACUGCCAGCCUGGCUUCAUACAAAAAAGUCCUCCGUGUCUACGAGGGACACUUCUUUCCACCUGGAGGACAUCCUCAAGGCUGGGCUUUAUAUAAAGACAUGGUAUUGCAACAGUCCAGUCCAGUAUAAUGUACAAAACUUAUGUACAGUGUUUUUAAUCACUCAUCUGUCAAAUUGUUUUGUAUUUAUUGCACCACAUUUUAUACAGAUUUCUUUUUCCAAACACCAGUACAGUGAUUUGUCUCCCUCUCACCACCGUGUAAGUGAAACAGACUCUUUAAAAAAAUAUUAUAUCUGCAGCAAGUCAUUGCACAUGUAAGUUGUUUUUUUGGUUUGUUUUGGUUUUUUUUUGGUGUAAUGAUUCCACAUUUGGUGACAGCUGCUGCUCAUCAGCCUGUGUCAUCAUUCACUGUAACUGGUGUUAAAAAGCAGCGUGAAGCGGCUCAAUAUUGGAAUGUAAAGUUUUUUUUCAGUGCGGUUUGUGUGUUGUGUUAACCUGGACUCAAUGGUUAUCAUAGGAAGAAGCUUCCCUGUAAUCAUGACUCUGCAUUUUUGCCUGUCACUUCCCUGAUUAGUGCUGUUUUGUUAAUUUUUUUCUUUCCUUAAAAAAAAAAAAAGGGUGUUUUUGUUUUUAAGCCUUCCAGUGUUGAGGGUGUUUAAAGCCCGAGCCACAGGGUGAAACGUUGCCAAGGUUUCUGGUUUCUUUGAAUCCAUUAUUAGACAAAUUAUGCUGCCAGUUUAUUAGGUACAUGUCAUCAAUUCUACUGCUAUUAUACCAGUCCUGUGAUUAAUCCUUCUUUAUGCAUGUUACAAUGUUCAUUUUUAAUGUUACCUUAAUGAUUAUUUUAAAGACUGUAGUUAAUGGUAGUUCAUAAAUGUACUGUUAUUUUGAACAAGUAUUAUGCCUGUUAAUACAUAAAUCAUGCAUUUGAAAACCGCACCUCAACACCUCUCAACAUUUUGGACAAAAACUGUAUUCACUUAAAUCACAGUACUGUUAUAUUAUCCAGCAGUUUAAGAGAGAAUAAUAUUGGAUAAUGGAUAAAUUAAACAAAAGUAUUAGAAAUAUUAUAUUCAUUGUAGAAAUAUUCUUCAAGUCUCAACAUGUCACAAAUACACAUUUGACCUGAAAACUAGUCAUGCUGUCGUAGAUUAAUCUUGUACAUUCACAUGUUAAAGUAAAGUAACAAUUAGCCAAACAUGAUUUUGAUGUGACCUGGACUUCUUUAUGGCAUAUAAUUGGACAAAGGUGUUAAACCACACCAGAACCUCACCCUUUUGUGUGUUUCGAAUUAAAUAACAUGUCUGUAAAUGUGCAAACGGUUAACAUGUUACAUUUUCUCACUUCUUUUAUCAUUAACUAACUCCAGGAAAUUGUCAAAAAAAUUUUAAUCCAUGAAAAUACUAAGCUAAAAUUUGCAUACUCAACAUGGUCUGCGAGUUGAAACUUGAAUUUUCUAUAUUUUUAUUUAUUAGUGUAUUUGUUUUGGGGUGUUUUUCCAUAGGAUUCAUUAAGUAUGUGAUAAUCAGGCAUCCUUGACUCUUGUGUUUGUGGCUUCAGAAAAAAACAAAUGCCGAUUGGUUGUUAUGACAAACUGGUCUUAAAGCAUUCUUUUUAGGGUGACUUGUUCUGUACAAAAUGCAUGAUUCUAACACCACACACUGGUUUAAUCUACUUUGUGUCUUCAGAAUGCUUUUUUUGUUUGUUUGUUUUUUUUAUUUUACCCUUUUCUAUAUUGCACAGAGAUUUUGUAAAACCAAAAAGCCUUUUUUUUCCUUACACCCACUGAUCACUGAUCAUCUUACCUUGUGCCAAUUGGUCAAUUCCUGUCCCCUUCAGCUGACACAGCAGCAGUAUUACAGCUCAUACAAAUGUCCCAGCAUGCAUCAUUUCAUUCACUAAAAAUACUUUUUGAUGUAUGUGUUUUGUUGGUAGUGCCCACAUUUGUUUCUUUGAGAAGACGGCAUGUUUGUUCUCAUUUAAGUGACCCUUAAAGACAUAUGAAGAGUUCUGUUUCGGGGUUUUUCAAAGUGUCCAGGAAUUUGCAAAUUACUAUAAUUUUUUUAUAUAAAAUAAUUAGUAUGUCAAAGGGUAUGUUUCUGUUCAUUGUGAUGUCUUUUGUUUUUUGUGCAAUGUUGCCUAACGUCAAUACGUUUUUAAAUGACACGCUCUCAGAGGAGAAAUAGUGUUGGACUAAAUACGUUCACCGUCAUAAGCACUCAUCAUCUUUUUCUUGUGGUAAAAUUGCUUACAGUAACUCUAACUGGGGUCAUAUCUAUCUUCGUGGUGUUGCUUCAAGUAAAACGUGGAUGAACACAAAAAUACCAUGUUGAUUACUGUUCAACCUGUGUUACUGCAUAAUGCAUAUUGUUGAGGAACUUGUAAAUAGUUUACAUUGAACUUGCAUAGAAUCAUGUUACUGUGGCGUGCUCUUUUUGCUUGUACAAUUCUGCUUCUAAAUGUGUGUGACUGUUGAGACGACUCUCUCUUUUUGUACAUGACUGUCUUUUUAUUUGAGAAUAUUGAUUCUGUCCUUUUUCAUUCAGAAGUUGAGUUUGAAGAGUUCAGACAUGCCUGAAGUUUGACUUUAAUAAAGCUGUACUCUGUCUCAGUGAAA